UGAGAUUUAUCUCCGCUUUAAUUUGGUGUGUGGAUAUAUAAGAAAAAGAGAGUUUGCACUUGAAGCUGUGAACAAUUGUUUGAGUUUUGAAGGAAAGAAUGGGGAGAGCUCCAUGCUGCGAGAAAAUGGGGUUGAAGAGAGGGCCAUGGACUCAUGAAGAAGAUCAAAUUCUCAUCAAUUACAUCAACAUUUAUGGCCAUGCUAAUUGGCGUGCUCUGCCCAAACUAGCUGGGCUGUUAAGGUGUGGAAAGAGCUGUAGACUCCGGUGGAUAAAUUAUCUCAGGCCAGACAUCAAACGGGGCAACUUCACCCCAGAAGAAGAGGAUGCUAUAAUCAGUUUGCAUGAAAUGUUGGGAAACAGAUGGUCGGCUAUAGCAGCGAGAUUACCUGGUAGAACAGACAACGAGAUAAAAAACGUGUGGCACACCCACUUGAAGAAGAGGUUGCCACAAAAUUACCGACAAAGCCAAGAGCAACAACGAAGCAAAAAACAACCAAAGUUGGAUGGGGAUGCUUCCAAAACCAAUUACCAAGACGCCAAACUAGACCCCGUGAAUAACGUUCACCUUCAUGCAUCAACCAAAGAAGAUAAUAGCACAGAGGAUAUGCCACUUUCUCCUCCCCAAUGUUCUAGCGAUAUGUCUUCGCUCACCAAUAGUGACAACAAUAGCAGCAUUAAUAAUAAUAAUAAUUGUGACAUGUCCUCGCAUGUUAAUGAUAUUGACACACCGGAGAACAAUCUUGCACUGGACGAGGAUUUCUGGUCGGAAGUAUUGUUAUCUGACGAUAGUUCCGGUGAGACAAGUGGAUUUCCGAGCAUUGAUUAUGGUCGAUUUGAACCAAUGUCUAACGAAGAAGUAGGGGUGCUUAUAGAUGGGAGUUCGUCAAGUAUGAGCGAUGGCAUGGACUUUUGGUGCAACGUUUACGCCAGAGCUGAGGAAUUCAACCAGUUACUUGAAUUAUGAUGUUAGCCACUACAAUCAAAUCCUUUCAAUCGAUGGAAAACAUACAUUUGUUUUGUUCUGUUGUUUGGACUUCAAUUAAUUGAUGUGUGUCCUAUAGUUAAUUCGUAGGUUACAAGAAAGAAAUUAGUAAUAAUCUGUGUAUACAUUGAUGAUUGUUAAGUCACCUUAAUAAGCUUUUUAACAUUUGUAGCAAAUAACAUUUUUGUAUCAUCCUUACAGAGGUUUAGAUAACCUCAUGUACCUUUAGUGAGGAGUUUUACAUUAGUUGACUUAUUAAACUUGUAAACUUAAUUAAUUACAAAUUAUUUUUA